AUGGGCGUUAGUAAACGAAUUUUACAAGCAAGAAAUCCAAUAAUCGAAGUAGAUAUACCCACCCAGAGCCGAAAAUCUAAUUCCAAAUCAUCCCAAGAGAGAAACACCGGAAAAAAAAAAAAUGGCGUUAGUAAACGAAUUUUACAAGCAAGAUAUCCAACAAUCGAAGUAAAUAUACCCACCCAGAGCCGAAAAUCCAAUUCCAAAUCAUCCCAAGAGAGAAGCACCGGAAAAAAAAAAGUGCCCACCUAUACUAAAGAUCAACCCAAAUUAUAUUUUGAACAAUAG